AAAUCCUUUUCCUCUCCACUGUCGGAAUUCCGAUAGUAAUUUAUUUUUCUUUAUAAAUUGCAAUCCUCUUCACUAUUAUUUUUUUGUUUGAGAAGAAAUCCUCUUCAUUAUUAAACGAUCAAAAAACAUGCCGUUUUGUAAAGUCUCCUCCUACCAAGCUCCUCCCGACGGAGCUUCCAACAAUGGCGUUGAAAUUUUCUACAGAACUUACGGUUAUGGAAGCACCAAAGUCCUUCUUAUUAUAGGAUUGGCUGGCACGCAUGAUUCAUGGGGCCCGCAAAUAAAGGGUCUUACUGGCACGGAUAGACCGAAUGACGACGGUGAUCAAAUCUCCGGCGACGGUGAGAGAGACGGCGACGGCGAUGGUGGUGGUAUUCAAGUGUGUGCAUUUGAUAACCGUGGUAUGGGUCGCAGCUCUGUUCCUACCGAAAAAUCUCAAUAUACAACAAGGAUGAUGGCAAAGGAUGCAAUUGCUUUAUUGGAUCAUUUAGGGUGGAGAAAAGCUCAUAUAUUUGGCCAUUCCAUGGGGGCUAUGAUAUCUUGCAAGUUAGCUGCAAUGGUGCCUGAUAGAGUUUUAUCUUUGGCGUUACUUAAUGUCACCGGCGGAGGUUUCCAAUGCUUUCCGAAGCUUGACCGCCGAACUGUAUCAGUUGCGAUUCGUUUCCUAAAGGCAAAAACUCCUGAGCAAAGAGCAGCUGUUGAUUUGGACACCCACUAUACAAAGGAAUACCUUGAUGAGUAUGUUGGCUGUAAGACAAGAAGAGCAAUUUUAUAUCAAGAGUAUGUGAAAGGCAUAUCAUCAACUGGGAUGCAAUCUAGUUGUGGUUUUGAUGGUCAAAUUAAUGCUUGUUGGACACAUAAGAUUACACAAACAGAAAUUGAAGUGAUCCGUUCUACCGGGUUUCUUGUAUCAGUCGUACAUGGCAGGCAUGAUAUCAUUGCUCAAAUAUACUACGCAAAGAGACUAGCGGAGAAGCUGUAUCCUGUUGCUAGGAUGAUAGAUCUCCAUGGUGGCCAUUUAGUGAGUCAUGAGAAGACCGAUGAGGUCAAUCAAGCUCUUUGUGACUUGAUCAGGGCGACAGAAACAAAGAUCAGCCCUCAUGACUGGACUAAUUUGCCCCAGAAGAAUCAUGGUUGGUUGAGAAUAGGAGUGUCAUUCGGCAAGGCAAGUAUAGAGGGCGGGAACAAUCUCCGGCCAUGUGGUGUCGUAGAGAAGCUACACAUAUUCCUUCUGUACAUCUUUAGUCUCUUUGUGUUCAUAUUCGAAUAUGCACAAAGAGCUCAAAGGCAUCUAAGACCAGCCAGAGUUGGGGCUUCCCUCACAUAGGUUGUUGUCGAUGAACCCGCCAUUUUUACAGGGUUUAUUGAUUUUACGUCCGAAUGGCAUUUCUUUACGGUAUUCAUCGGGAAAACUUGGUGAAGGUAUAUAGCUAUUUAAUUGAGAUUUGCAUUUAGUGAGAUAUAAAAUCACCAACUAGGCAUCUCUCAAUUCCUCUAGUCAUUGCUCACUAGCAUCAUGACCUGACAAUUUCACGUGUUUCCUAUGAAAAAUGAGAGAGUACAGAGACAGAUGGGGAAAGACAUAUAGAAGUGUAAUUAAGAAUCCCAUACAGCUUUAAAGGACAGGGACGAGCAGUGUAUUUAAGAAUAACAUACUACUGUAAUUGUUUAUACACAUCUAUUCUAUUUUUUUUUUUGUUCCGGAAGUAAAAAUAGAGCAUCUCACGUAACUGAUAUAUCACGUCAUUGUUACAACAAGUGUUAAUUAUAUUGUUUUUCCACCAUGGGACACGUCCCAUUUGUUUGUUGCACGAAUGACGUGGCACAACCACUGUGUUGUCUGUAAAAAUAUUAUGUUUAUGUUUUUUUAUUGAAUAAAGGAUUAUUCCGGUUCUUGAAUU